AUGGCAUUUCAAGGCUAUCGACUACUCCUGGGCCUCCUGGUCUUUGUUGGCUUAUUGAUUGAUAAUAGCAUUGCUGUUACACCAAGCCAUCACACUGCUUCACUCAACCGGAGCAGUUUUCCGGCCGGUUUCAUUUUCGGAACGGCAUCCGCGGCUUACCAGUAUGAAGGUGCAGCAAAUGAAGGUGGCAGAGGAAAAAGCAUGUGGGAUACUUACACCCAUAGAUAUCCAGAAAGGAUAUUGGAUGGCAGUAAUGGAGAUGUGGCUGUUGAUCAAUAUCAUCGCUACAAGGAAGAUGUUGGAAUUAUGAAGGAAAUGGGUGUAGAUGCAUACAGGUUCUCCAUCUCAUGGCCUCGAAUUUUACCAAAAGGAAAGCUAAGUGGGGGUGUGAACCGUGAAGGAAUAAAAUACUACAACAACCUCAUCAAUGAGCUCCUCGACAAAGGUCUAAAACCUUUUGUGACAAUCUUCCACUGGGAUGUCCCCCAAACCUUAGAGGAUGAGUAUGGUGGUUUCUUAAGUCCUCGCAUUGUUGAUAACUUUCGAGACUAUGCUGAGCUUUGCUUCAAGGAAUUUGGAGACCGUGUAAAGUAUUGGAUCACAGUAAAUGAGCCACACGUCUUCAGCAGUGGUGGUUAUGCAAACGGGCAAUCAGCACCGGGUCGAUGUUCUAGUUGGCAAAAUCUGAACUGCACAGGUGGAGAUUCAAGCAUAGAGCCAUAUUUGGUUGCCCAUAACUUGCUUCUUGCUCAUGCAGCCGUAGUUCAAUUGUACAAACAAAAAUAUCAGGCCACACAAAAAGGUGUCAUAGGGAUUACACUAGAUGCCAGCUGGUUUGUGCCAAUCUCUAAUGCCGAGCACAAUCGUAAUGCCGCACUACGUGCCCUUGAUUUCGCAUUGGGAUGGUAUUUGGACCCAUUGACAAAUGGUGACUAUCCCCACAGUAUGCGAUCUCUCGUUGGAAACAGAUUACCCAAGUUCACAAAAGAGCAAUCGAAGCUGGUAAAAGGGUCAUUUGAUUUUAUAGGAUUAAAUUACUAUACUUCCAAUUAUGCAGCCUAUGCACCUCACCUUAAUUCUGGAAAGCCAAGCUACUUGACAGAUUUUCUUGUUAAUCUUACGAUUGAGCGCAAUGGGAUCCCCAUUGGUCCAGUGGCUGCAUCGAGUUGGCUCGCUGUUUAUCCUAGAGGACUUCUCGAUCUUUUGCUUUAUGUCAAGGGGAAGUACCAUAAUCCGCUAAUCUAUAUUACCGAGAAUGGAGUUGAUGAGUCCAAUAACGCCACCUUGUCUCUUGAGGAAGCCCUUAUGGACACACACAGAAUUGAGUACUACAAUGGCCAUCUCUCAUAUCUUCGCAAGGCUAUAAUGGAUGGCGUAAACGUUAAAGGAUACUUUGCAUGGUCAUUGUUGGACGACUUCGAAUGGGGUUCAGGUUACACCAUUCGGUUUGGCAUCCACUAUGUAGACUAUAAGAACGGAUUGAAAAGGCAUCCUAAGCUUUCAGCCCAUUGGUUCAAGAAUUUCCUCAAGAAGUAGACAUUAAAUUAAUGUUGAUCAUUUAAAUAAUGAAAACUCUAUAUCUAUUUAGCUAUUAUCUGACCUUGUCCAAUCAAUAAACUGGAGAUCGUUUCUUCUCCAUGAGUAUGUAUGCUAGCUCUUUAUCA